GGGCGCCUUCUAUACGUUCCGGGCUCUUGGCUGCACCGAGCCCAGCAGUGAUGGCGGGCAGGCAGUCUGCUUGGAGCCGAGCGGCUGUUUUCAAGCUCCUUCUUGGCGUAAACUUGAUGGUGAUACCAUCCACCCAGGGCCGGAGUCUGCGCUUCGUUACCUUGCUGUACAGACAUGGAGAUCGCUCACCAGUGAAGACAUAUCCUAAGGACCCAUAUCAAGAAGAGGAAUGGCCCCAAGGAUUUGGCCAACUAACCAAGGAAGGGAUGCAACAGCACUGGGAGCUGGGCCAGGCUCUUCGGCAACGCUACAAUGGCUUUCUGAACACUUCUUACCACCGACAAGAGGUUUAUGUGCGAAGCACAGACUUUGAUCGUACCCUCAUGAGUGCUGAGGCCAACUUGGCUGGACUCUUCCCUCCCAAUGGGAUGCAACGCUUCAACCCUAACAUCUCAUGGCAGCCUAUCCCUGUCCAUACUGUGCCUGUCACUGAGGACAGGUUGCUGAAGUUCCCAUUGGGCCCAUGUCCCCGUUAUGAGCAGCUGCAGAAUGAGACUCGGCAGACACCAGAGUAUCAGAACAAGAGUAUUCAGAACAUGCAAUUUCUGGACAUGGUGGCCAAUGAGACGGGGCUUACAGAUCUGACCCUGGAGACCAUCUGGAAUGUCUAUGACACACUCUUCUGUGAGCAAACCCACGGGUUGAUCCUGCCGCCCUGGGCCUCACCCCAAACCAUGCAACGUCUGAGCCAGCUAAAGGACUUCAGUUUCCGCUUCCUCUUUGGGAUCCACGAGCAAACAGAGAAGGCCCGACUUCAGGGGGGAGUCUUGCUGGCUCAGAUACGGAAAAAUCUGACCCUAAUGGCCACCACCUCCCAACUCCCUAAACUGCUGGCUUAUUCUGCGCACGACACUACCCUAGUUGCUCUGCAAAUGGCACUGGAUGUCUACAAUGGUAAACAAGCCCCCUAUGCUUCCUGCCACAUAUUUGAACUGUACCAGGAAGAUGAUGGGAAUUUCUCUGUGGAGAUGUACUUUCGGAAUGAAAGCAAGCAGGCCCCCUGGCCAUUGAUCCUACCUGGGUGCCCUCACCACUGCCCACUGAAGGACUUUCUUCGCCUCACAGAGCCUGUUAUACCCAAGGAUUGGCAGCAGGAGUGCCAGCUGGCAAACGAUUCUGCAGACACAGAGGUGAUCGUGGCCUUGGCUGUCUGUGGCUCCAUCCUCUUCCUUCUCAUAGUGCUGCUCCUCACUGUCCUCUUCCGGAUGCAGGCCCAGCCUCCUGGCUACCACCACGUCGCAGACAGGGAAGAUCAUGCCUGACAACCACUCAGCCCCCUUCCCUCUGCCUCCUAGGGGAGGUGGGCUGGGCCCUUCCUCCUGACUGUUGCUGCUCCCUAGCCCAUGGACAGAACCUGGGUUGAGCCUCCCUGACUACCCCAGCCCAGAUGAGUGGGGCUUGGUUUGGCCCAUGGCACCUGUCAUUCAGCAUUGACAUGCCUGAUGUUUAUCAAGUACUGUGUCGGACAUUGGCUUUCUCUAAACAGGAUUGCAUCUUCCAUACUCCCUAAGGACCUGAGAUAUGGACAAGUGUUCAGGUUUCACUCAGAAACCUGGGAUAAAAAAAAAAAAAAACUGAAGGAGCCAGUACUUAAUCUGCCUUGCUCUUCCACCAAUCCCUGCUCUGUCUCUUCCAGCCCGGAGUCUUUGACAAAGGACUCCAAGGACUCUGUCUUGCCACUCAACGUUUACUUGGAAGGAUAGACUGCAUACCACGGGGGGUACAAUAUUGGCUACCAAAGGCCCAGAUCGCCCAACAACCAGCCGGCCAAGUUUCCCAUUAUUUGGCUGAAACCACCAUUAGUGUUGGCACUAUUGCUGCUCAGGCACUAUUGUCCUCCCUUGCAGGUGGUGUGGGCAAGUUGGAAGGAUGUUUGUGUUGCAUUGGGGAGGGAGUUGGGGGGGAAGGGGAGUGAAUCAUGUAGAAUCUUGAGAUAUUCUUUCUCAGCUGGGCUGGACUCUUCAGGGACCUGAGGGUAAAGGGAGAUGGAGAACUGGACAACUCUCAACUGUGGCCCAAAAUAGGGCUGAGGCAGCUCCAAGAAUGAAGUUUUGGAUUGUGA